AUGGAGCUGGACACGGUCAUGUUCAUCAGGCAGAUCUGUGAGGGCCUGCAGCACAUGCACAAGAUUUACAUCCUACAUCUAGACCUCAAGGUAAACAACCGCACUGUAUUUGACAGGGGCAGUGAACAUAAAUCAACAUUUCAGUGUUCAGUGCCAGAGUUAAUUGUUGUCUGUAGCCACUGAUGUUAUUGAGAGCAUGGCAAUACAGAUUGUGCACAACAGAUAACCACUUGUCUACCUGUGUCUUGGUAUUUCUUCACCUUGAAGGGUUUCCUUUUUUUGUUGUGUCUUUCAGCCUGAGAAUAUUCUAUGUGUGAGCAGAGUCACGAAUAAAAUCAAGAUCAUUGACUUUGGACUUGCCAGAAAGUAGGUUUCAAAUUCACAUCGAUCUCGGUUUCAUUCAGAUAAUUGUAGAUCAUUUGAUGUAUCACUGCAUACAGUAUUAUAAUAUUGUAUUUGUAUUAAUAGAUUCCUAUUCAAAAUGAACAUGUAUUCCUCCCAGAUACAAUCCCAGAGAGAAAUUGCAAGUGAAUUUCGGCACCCCAGAGUUCCUGGCCCCAGAAGUUGUCAACUAUGAUUUUGUGUCAUUCAACACCGACAUGUGGAGUCUGGGAGUCAUUACAUAUAUGCUGUAAGCACACACACACACACACACACACACACACACACACACACACACACACACACACACACACACACACACACACACACACACACACACACACACACACACACACACACACAGACACACACAGACACACACACAGACACACACACACACACACACACACUAAAGGUUCUUCCUCUCCUUCUACAGUCUCAGUGGUCUGUGUCCCUUCCUGGGUGACAAUAACAAUGAGACUCUGAACAACAUCCUGGCCUGCCAGUGGAACUUUGACGAGGAAGAGUUUACAGACAUCUCAGAGGAGGCCAAAGACUUCAUCUCCAAACUACUCAUCGUCAAUAAAAGGUAUCAUGCAUCCAGGGGUGAAAGUAGAUUUAAUUUCUUCCCGGUAUGGGACCUCCUAUGUGUGCACGCGCGUGCAUCCAAAACAUUUAUGGGCCUAACAGGACCGGCUCUGGACGUUCUGCUUUUCUUCUCAGCUAAUAGUCGGUAG